AUGGCGACAGAUACUACAACAACAACAACGUUAUCUACUACAUUAUCUAAUAAUAGUACUAUUAUUACUACAACUGCUACUACUACUUUAGGUAAUACAAGUUUGACAACAUUUUUAUCAACAACACUUUCAACAAUAUUAACAUCAUCAUUAUCAUCAACAACUAUUCCAUCGAAUGCAACUACAGAUUAUCAAAAAUGUUUAUUAAACAAUUCUGGUGUAGCAUGUCGAUCAGCGGAAUUUAUUCGUGUAUUAGCUUAUCUUCUUUUGGGUGUAUCACUUCUUCCACAAAUAAUUCAUUUAUUUAAUCAUGGUUCAAAAUAUAUAGCUGGGAUAAGUUAUAUAUGGUUAAUAGUACGUGUACUUGGCUUAACUUCAUUAAUGGUUGCACAUGCAUUCAAAUGGACAUCUAUAUUUGAAUUAAUUGCACUUAUUUCAACUAUAACUAUAUUUAUACAAAUAUUCAUAUAUGCCGAUAAUCUUCAUCGACAACAAAAACUUAUAUUAUUAGUUACUAGUUUAUCAAUAUGGUUUAUUGGUGGUAGUAUUAUAAUAUUAUUGAGAAAGAAAGAGAGUUCAUUAGUUUUAAUUGGUUAUCUAUUACUAUCAAUGCAUACAUUACCUCAAAUUUUACUUAAUUCAUUAUUAAGAACAGCAAAAGCUUUAUCAAAAUUUUCUGUUUUAUUUCUUGCAAUGAGUGAUACAUUAUUAUUUGCAAGUUCUUAUAUAUUCAAUGAAAAUUAUUUUUAUUUAGUCACAUAUUAUUAUGCUUUUUCGUUUUUCUUAUUUAUUUAUCUUCAAAGUAUAGUCUACGCUGAUUCACAUAUCUAUUUAAUAUCACGUUCAGCACAUACUGUCCUCACGCCAGGUGUUAAUUUAUAUACUGGACUUGAUGCUACUGGUGCACGUAGUUCAGGACAAGAACCACAAAUGUUUUCAAUAGAUGAUUUAGAACCAGGUGAUGGUACUGAUGUUGUUUAUCAACCAGUUACAUUAAAUAAACCAAAUGAACCCAUUGUUGAACAAACACCAAUGAAACGAUUUGUUUGGUAUGCAACAUUAGCAUCAAUUAUUGGUAUUGAAAUAGUUUUAACAAUAAUGCUUAUUCUCGGAGCAUGGUCUAGAUGGAUUGUUCUUGUACCUAUUUCAAUUCCUAUACUUCUUGGUAUAUUCUUUUUAUUACGUACAAAAUUAAAUGUUAUACAAACAGAAAAUUUAAGAAAAAUUUUGUGA